GAUGGCAUUCUAGUUCAAUGGGAUAUUAUGGUGAUGAUGAAUUUAAAUUUGAUGAAAGUGGUCAUUAUGAAGUAUACAGUCCUUUAUAUAGCACAGAAGACACUAUUAGUUGUUGUGUCAAUUUU